CUUUGUUAGCAACUCCUGAAGCAUCUUUCUGCUCCCACACUUGUAUCUCAUUGGCUGCAGAACUGACUUUGGUUUCUCAUGCUUAUAGAUUACAGUAAAAUAAUAUUCUCGUGGGGGGGUUUUUUGAAAAAGUACCUUAAAGCACCUUGUUGCGUCCUCAGAUUGGAGUGUGGAGAUUCCUGUUUGCUUAUAUUUAAGAGAGCUGAAGGUUUUGUGUGGGGCAUAUGCAGAGGAAGCUGAGACUGUUGAGAGCUUUGACAUUUCAAGUCUUAUAACAAAAUUGACAGAUUUGAGAAGAAACUGAAUCAGGAAAAUUGCAGAACUGUUCAACUCUUUGGAGAAUAUCAGGCAAUAAGUUCAAGCAAUCUAAGAAGCAGAAAAUGGAGAAAAUUCUGAAACAGCACGAUAAGGAAAGAAUGAAGAGAGCAAUUCUAGAGCAGGAAGAGACCUUCAGGCAACAGGUGCAUGAACUCCAUAGACUCUACCGAGUGCAGAAACAGUUAAUGAAGGAGAUGAAGAUGAACAGGCUGAAGAAAGAUCAAUGGAAUCCAACGCCUCGUCUGAUACUCGAUUUAGAGCUGCCAGCAGAAGAUUAUAUCCAAUACAGUGAUGAGAGAGAAAUAGAACUGACUCUCGCUGUUGGAAGCAGUAGGAGGAAGCAGAGAGAAGACCAGAAAUCAAAUACUUCAGAUUCUGCAGGUAGUUUUUCUUCCUCAUCUGUUGAGUCAGGAAGUUUGAAGUUAUUAGGCCAUGAUUGGGGAAUGUCUAAGGUGACAGAGAUGUACUUGGCUUCACAUAGAGAGAUGAACAAUGGCUUUGAUGAUGAGAAUGAGAUGAGGCGAGACAGGGUUCAAAAGCAACAAUGGCUUCUUCCAUGUUUAAGUCUGACCAUGAGUUAGAGCUCCUGUAGCUUGCUUAUUUUCCAGUUUCUCAAUCAAUCAAGUUUAAAUUCAAGCAUGCAUGUUCUUUAACUUCUCGAUUUUCCUUUUUUUUUUUCCU